UCACUCUUCUUCGUUGGUGCGCUUGCCAUGUUUGCGGAAGUAUUGUUAUAGCAGCAAACUGAAGGCUUGUCACUUGUUUUGUGUGCGUGUUUUGUUGCGUCUGUAAUCCAACAUGAAUCUACCGAAAGGACCGGAUUCUCUAUGUUUCGACAAAGACGUUUUUAUGAAGGAUGACUUUGACGUUGACCAGUUUGUGUCUGAGUGUCGGAAACAGGUGCAGCUGGAGGAGCUGAGAGAAGAUCUUGAGCUCUACUAUAAGCUGCUAAAAACAGCCAUGGUGGAGCUCAUCAACAAAGACUAUGCCGACUUUGUUAACUUAUCAACCAAUCUGGUGGGGAUGGACAAGGCCCUUAAUCAGCUUUCUGUGCCAUUGGGACAAUUACGAGAGGAGGUUCUGAGUCUGCGGUCCUGUGUCAGUGAGGUGAUUCAGGCUAUAGAUAACCAGCUGUCGAAACAGGACGAUCUGCAGAAAAAAAAGGUGAGCGUAUUAAGGCUAAUCCAGGUGGUGCGCUCAGUUGAGAAAAUUGAGAAGAUCCUCCAUUCACAGAACCCGAAGGAGUCUAGUUCUCUGGACGUUAGCAGUCCUUUGUUGGCAGGUCAGAUCCUGGAGAGGAUAGCUACAGAGUUCAACCAGCUACAGUUCCAUGCUGUACAGAGCAAAGGCAUGCCCCUCCUUGACAAAGUCAGACCUCGUAUUGCAGGAAUCACAUCAAUGCUGCAGCAGUCCCUAGAGGGACUGCUGAUUGAGGGUCUGCAGACGUCCAACGUGGACAUGGUGCGUCACUGCCUGAGGACAUAUGCCACCAUAGACAAGACUCGAGAUGCUGAGGCCCUGGUAGGACAGGUGUUAGUCAAGCCGUACAUGGACCAGGUGGUUGUAGAAGAUUUGGUGAAGUCUAGCUCUAAUGAACUCCAGUUGUUGUACUCUAGACUGUUGGACUUUGUACCUCAUCACUGCAGAUUGUUAAAAGAGGUGACUGGAGGGGCCAUAUCCAGUGACAGAGCUGACACAGUGCCAGGUUAUGAUUUCUUGGUGAACUCUGUAUGGCCGGAGAUGAUCAAAGCGAUAGAGGAGAGGUUGGCUUAUCUCUUCAACCCCGGAAACCCAGACAUAUUUUAUGAGCGUUACAGCAUCACUAUGGAGUUUGUGCGAAGGUUUGAACGUCAGUGUAGCUCACAGGCCAGCGUGAAGAGACUGAGAGUGCAUCCAUCCUACAUCAGCUUCCACAACAAAUGGAACUUGCCUGUCUACUUUCAGCUACGGUACAAGGAAAUAGCAGGAAGUCUGGAAAACGCCAUAAGUGAUGGACUAGAGGCAGCACCAAAGAGCAGUGCAUAUAACCUGCAGGUAUCCGAGGUGUUGUGGUCCUGUCUGUUGAGGUGCUGGUCAGACAAUAUCUACCUUCCUCCACUGGCCCAUCGCUUCUGGAAGCUCACGCUGCAGCUUUACUCAAGAUACGCCAAAUUUCUUGAUGAGGUGCUGACUAAAACUCCAGCCUCUGAGGCGACUAAAGAGCCGACCAGGCCUCUGCCGAGCUCAGCCUCCUCCACCUCCAGCAGAACAUCGCUGGAGGAAGGUGGCAGUGAGAGUGGGGGCCCUGCCUCCCUGUCCACUAAACAACUGGUUCACAUUGCUGCUGACGUCCAAAAGCUGCAGAAGCAGAUUCCAGAGUUAUCAGAGAUGGUCAGACAACGUUUAGAAGCAAUCGGAUUCAAAAAUGUUGUUAUUUUAGAAGAUGCCCUAGCGGAGUCCAAGGCUUGUCUGUCUAGCAGCAUUCCCACUCUGAAUGCCAGGAUGACACAGCAUCUGACUGAACGCUCCUGCCGCUUCUUAAAGAGUGCCUCAGAGGUUCCGCGACUUUACCGUAGGACUAAUAAAGAACUUCCCACUCGUGCAUCAGCCUACAUGGAUAAUGCCUUACGUCCGUUACAUCAACUGCUGACUGACUCAACAGGGCUGGUCGCCCCCCAUACAGCGCACGAUUGGCUACGAGUUGUACUGUGCGAUUGUACACAGAAGUAUUAUGAGACCAUCUCAGAGGUGCUAAGCUCAGUGAGAAAGAUGGAGGAGAGCCUAAAAAGACUAAAGCAAGCCAGAAAGGGCGCGAGCACAACGAAUACAGCAGGAGCCAAUGGUGGACCCACAGAUGACAGCAAGAUACGUCUUCAGCUGGCACUGGAUGUGGAAUACCUCGGCGAACAGAUUCAGAAGAUGGGUCUUCAGCCUGGUGACAUCUCCAUGUUUUCCACUCUGAUGGAGCUUGUAAAAGAGGCCCGAGAGCUUGCUGAACAGAACCAGUAAUGAGUUGAGCAAUUGCAAGCUGCGCUUACAGAGGAAAUGUGAAUUUCAGUCCAGGCCAAAGAAUGUAGAAUGAACCGGAACCAACACUACUGGAACCUCCGUUCAAGCUUUUGUAUAAAACAUUUGUUCCAAACAGACUUUAAAGACAUAUUGCACAAAAAAUUCAGCAACAUGUCCGUGCUAAACGUGCAGAGUCGCUGUCUGAGACGGCUGCUACUGUCUGUGGUGAGACUGGAUCAAGAAUGGUACUGCAUGGUUGUCCACAAAAUUAUUUCUACUAGAUGCUGGUGAUAGUGAUGUCAAGGGAAAGUAAUUGCUCUAAUCAUAUUUUGUCGAGAGAAAUUCAGCUAAGCAAUAUUUCUCACUACUGCUUCUUGGUGAAGGACUAGUCUCAAAAUAUAACGUUUGCUGGUUUGUGAAAUUCAACUUUUUUUAAAUAAAUGUAUAAUAUUGUAACUGACUUGAAUAAAGUUUGAAUUCAG